GCGAUAUUAUAUUUUUUCAUCCAAACUGACAUAACAGCAUGACUAGUAUUCAAAGUGCAGUCAUUGUAUGAAGUACAUCGGCGAGAUAAUUACCAAUUAACUUGAACUUUAAUUUUUUUGGAGAAAGGAUUUUAUAAAAAUGAAAUCUCUGAUGAAGUUUUCUUUUACAAUCAUCAUUGUCAUCUGUUGGUCUAUGCUAUCCAUAGCCAAUGAUAUCUCCUUGGAAUUUCCCAAUUAUGUGAAUGAGUCACUUGAAAUUGGACAUCAAUGCAAGAAUGAAAUGAUUUCUUUAAAUUUUUCUAACGGAAUGAUCAUCUCUAUUGAUCAGGAUUUUAUCAGUAGUCCUUUGAUUACUUGUCUCAACUUCGCCGGCACUCAUAUCCAGAACAUCAGAAAGGGCGCCUUCGACAAACUUCCUAAUUUGACUAAACUGAUUUUUUCAAACAACAAUAUCGAUUUGAACAAACUCUUCGACUUUGGAGGUCACAAAAACUUAAAGAUUCUUAUUCUGGAUAGUGUAAUUAAGAAUAAUGUUCCCAUAUCAUCUGCAGUUAUUUCCGGAGAAUACCCUAAUUUAGAAAUCUUAUCUGUUCGUAAAAACCUCAUCGAUGACUUAGAAAUUGUUACAGAUGAAACUCGAGUUUCUGAAUACGAUCUUCGAUUAAGAUUACCUCCGCAAGUUAUACAAAAAAUCCCAUUCCCAAAAUUAAAAAUUCUAGAUCUUUCCAGUAACCGCAUAACAGGUACCAAUUUUAUGGAGCUAUUGCCAAACAGUUUAUACUUUCUUGACCUCCAUGAUAACUCAUUCACUUCUUUUACAUUUGAUAAAAAACAAGUAAACUUGUUAGCAUUAAACUUGGAUAAAAACAAUCUGAAAUCUGUGAAAAAGUAUAAUGAUUCGCGUGAUUCAUCUGAUCCAUAUAAUACAUAUGAUCAAUAUAAUCGACAGUAUAAUUAUGGAAACUAUGAUCCAUACAAUCCAUAUAAUCAAUAUGGUCAGUAUAAUUCAGAUAAUCCGCAUAAUUUUGGUCUAGUGAUGGCUGGCCUGGAAAAUCUACAUUAUCUCUCCAUUUCCGGAAACAAAAUUGACUUAAUUGAAUCAAACGCUUUCGAGGAUGCUAACAAGUUAGUUUAUUUAAACUUAUCCAUAAAUAAAAUAACUCACUUGCAUUCAGAGACAUUUGAAAAAUUACAAUCUUUGAGAUCGCUUGAUUUGAGUUUUAAUGAGCUCGAGAAUGUCCCACAGAUUUCAAGUGAAGUAAUCAGUAUUUUGUCUCUUAAUUGUAACAAUAUUACUAAGAAUCUAACUUUAAACAGUUUUGCAAAAAUGCCGAAAUUGACAAAAUUGUUAUUGGGAGGGAAUCAGAUCGACAAAAUUAAUGCUCAAACAUUCACUCAUCUUUUGCUUUUAGAAAUAUUAGAUCUAUCGAGGAACAAAUUGAAUUUUCUACCGGAAGAAUUAAGUAAAUCUUUAACAUCUUUAAAAUAUUUGAACGUGGAAGGUAAUCAAUUUACUUCGUUAGAAUCUUUAUCUCUGACAAGUAUGUUACCAUUGAUGGAGGUGUAUCUGGCGAUGAAUCCACUGGAAUAUUUAGAUGUUAGCUAUUUCAAGAAUUUGCCGCAGAAUCUUACCAUAAAGUUGGUACAGAAAUCGAAUUUUUCAUACUGGAAUUCCGAUAAAUGCAGGCCGAUUUAUGAUUAUAAUUAUCCGAUAAAAUUUUCUUUUACAAUCAUCAUCGUCAUCUGUUGGUCUAUGCCAUCCAUAGCCAAUGACACCUCCUUGGAAUUUCCCAAUUAUGUGAAUGAGUCACUUGAAAUUGGAUAUCUAUGCAAGGAUGAAAUGAUUUCUUUAAACUUUUCUAACGGAUUGAUCAUCUCUAUUGAUCAAAAUUUUAUUAGUAGUCCUUUGAUUACUUGUCUCAACUUCGCCGGCACUCAUAUCCAGAACAUCAGAAAGGGCGCCUUUGACAAACUUCCUAAUUUGACUCAACUGAUCUUUUCAAACAACAAUAUCGACUUGAACAAACUCUUCGACUUUGGAGGUCACGAAAAUUUAAAGAUUCUUAUUCUGGAUAGUGUAAUUAAGAAUAAUGUUCCCAUAUCAUCUGCAGUUAUUUCCGGAGAAUACCCUAAUUUAGAAAUCUUAUCUGUUCGUAAAAACCUCAUCAAUGACUUAAAAAUUAUUACAGAAACUCAAGUCUCUAACUCCAAUUUCGAUAUAUUAAAGUCACCUUCGCAAGUUAUACAAAAAAUCCCAUUCCCGAAAUUGAAAAUUCUAGAUCUUUCCGACAACCGCAUAACAGGUACCAAUUUUAUGGAGCUAUUACCAAACAGUUUAUUCUUUCUUGACCUCCAUGGUAACUCGUUCACUUCUUUUGCCUUUGAUAAAAAACAAGUAAACUUGUUGGCACUAAACUUGGAUAAGAACAAUCUGAAAUCUGUGAAGAAGUACAAUGAUUCGCGUGAUUUAUCUGAUUCAUACGAUCGAUAUAAUCAACAGUAUAAUUAUCAAAGAUAUAAUCAAUAUCCAUAUACUCAAGAUCCAUAUAGUCGGUAUAAUUUACGUAAUCCGCAUAAUUUUGGUCUCGUGAUGGCCGGCCUGGAAAAUCUACAUUAUCUUUCCAUUUCCGGAAACGAAAUUAAUCGUAUUGAAUCAAACGCUUUCGAGGACACUAACAAGUUAGUUUAUUUGAACUUAUCCAUAAAUAAAAUAACUCAUUUGCAUUCAGAGACAUUUGAAAAAUUGCAGUCUUUGAGAUCGCUCGAUUUAAGUCUUAACAAGCUCGAGAACGUUCCGCAAAUCUCAAGUGAAGUACUCAGCAUUUUGUCUCUUAAUUGUAACAAUAUCACUAAGAAUCUAACUAUAAACAGUUUCGCAAAAAUGCCGAAGUUGACGAAAUUGUUAUUGGCAGGAAAUCAGAUCGACGAGAUUAAUGUUCAAAUAUUCGCUCAUCUUUCACUUUUAGAAAUAUUAGAUCUAUCGAGGAACAAAUUGAGUUUUCUACCGGAAGGAUUAAGUGAAUCUUUAACAUCUUUAAAAUAUUUGAAUGUGGAAGAUAAUCAAUUUACUUCAUUAGAAUCUUUAUGUUUGACAAAUGUGUCACCAUUGAUGGAGGUGUAUCUGGCGAUGAAUCCACUGGAAUAUUUAGAUGUUAGCUACUUCCAGAACUUGCCACAGAAUCUUACCGUAAAUUUAGUACAGGGAUCGGAUUUUUCAUACUGGAAUUCCGAUAAAUGCGAGCCAAGAAAAUAAUUCUUAUAUAUAAUCAUCAUUAUUAUAAUUAUUAAUAGUCAUUUAUAUUGGUAAUUUUUAUUAGUUAUUAAAUACCAGUUAAUCAUGUUAUAUGAUUUUUAUAAUUACGGAUAACAUAUAUAAUACAGUAAUAAACAGAAUAACAUAUAUGUAUGCAGAUAAAAAAUAAAAUAAAAUAAUAUAAAAAAAUAA